CACAAGUAGAGCAAGGGGCGCUUUCGACCCCGCUACAACGUUACAUUAAAUACCCGUGAAAGUACUGGAAGUUUGACUGGGAAAAAUGAAGGCUUUUGCGUCAGUAUUGUUAUGUGUCGGGGCGCUUUCCCUCGCAUCAUCAGCACCCGCCGGCAGCAAACACAGUCCACAAAGAGCUGAAUACAACUACGAAUAUGCAGACAAUUCCAAAUCAGCAGCAUCCAGAGAACCCAGACAACAGCAAGAAUCAGCAAAUCACUAUGACUCUUACAUCGAAGACGUCCAAACAGCGGCCACUGGUGGAAACACGGCGAAGAAAGGCUUCAGCAGAGGCAGUGGCUUGAGGACGAUAGCUGUAGGGUCUGCUAAUCAAGCAAAGACUGCAUUAGGUAACCAGCAGGCCGCAGGGUUCCAAGCGGCUUAUGUAGCUAAGAAUACCCUCGCGCAGUCAGCUGCGCAGUCCAGUGCGACUGCUCAGGCAGCGUUAGCUGGGAAGCAAGUUAUUCUGGCUGGGUUAGAACAGCAAGUGAGGGAUGCUAAAGUGGGUCUCCAGGGUGAGGAGAUGCAGCUGCAGCAAGCUAAGAGAGCAGCGCAGUCGGCGGCGCAAGCAGCGCAGCAAGCUAUGCACCAGGUGAACGUAAUCCAAGCGGCUUUGAAUGCAGCACAAGCGACUUCAGAAAACGCAAACGAAGCAGCAUCGCAAGCCGCUGGUGAGCUUGGUGCACAAACCGCCAUGGUGGGAGCAGCCAGACAAAGGCUGCAGACCCUGCAAGACCAGCUUAAGGGAGUCAGGAUCGACUUUGAGGCUACCCAGGCCGCUGCGAGAAAGGCUCAGGCUGCUGCACAACAAGCUCAAGCAAACGCCGCUGAGGCAGCCGCGAAGGCAGCCGCGGCUGGUCUCGCCGCCGGCCAACACAAGGACGCCUCUCACGAAGACACAAAGGAACAUGUGGUAGUAGUCGAAGAUGAGGAAGAAGUAGAAGACGACGAAGAAGAAGAAGAGUGUGAGGAAGAAUGAGACCAAACGCCACAACCACUUAGCUAGUACAAUGCCAUUAUUUUUAGAGUAUUUGAUUAUUUUUAUAUUUAUAAAAAUAAAAUAAAAAAAUAUACGUCUUAGUGGGGAGCGAUACCUACUGAAAGUAGGUAAACUAGAAAUCUAUUACCUAAUAUUAUACAAGGUGCUAUUUUUGGAGCGUUCAGUGAGGCGAAAAAUU